UAACUCCAAAAAAAACUUCAAUACAUAUACACACAUAGAUGCAAACAUGUUUGAGUUGCACUUUUUGGAAGUUUAUAAACUGAAAAAAAAUAUGUGCUGAUCAUUAGAGUCAUCAUUUCAUGACAAAGAAAUCUUGUCAUUAUAUAUAGUUUAAAGGGUACUUGUUUUUUCUUGUUGUUUUACAGAGUUCUUAAUUUGGAGAUGGAUGGAAUGGAGAUAGAGGUGACAAGUGGUGAUAUUGAGAAAGGGGUAUUGCAUAAUCAAGGAGUUGCAUACUUAGUAUGGGAAGAUCUAACAGUAAUGUUGCCAAAUUUUGGGCAUGGACCAACUAAGAAGUUGCUUCAAGGUCUAAGUGGUUAUGCUGAACCUGGUAGAAUUAUGGCUAUUAUGGGUCCUUCUGGUUCUGGAAAAUCCACACUUCUUGAUACUUUAGCAGGUAGGCUGUCGACAAAUGUGGUAAUGACUGGAAAUAUCCUUCUCAACGGGAAGAAGAGGAGGUUGGAUUAUGGCGUUGUUGCUUAUGUUACUCAAGAGGAUACGCUGUUGGGAACUCUAACACCAAGAGAAACAAUUACUUAUUCAGCCCAUCUUCGACUUCCAACUAGCAUGACGAAAGAAGAGGUAAACGACAUUGUGGAGGGGACAAUAAUGGAAAUGGGGCUAGGUGAUUGUGCCGAUCGGUUGGUAGGAAAUUGGCAAUUAAGAGGAAUAAGUGGUGGAGAGAAAAAGAGACUGGGCAUUGCGCUUGAAAUCCUUGUACGACCUCGUAUACUUUUUCUUGAUGAACCUACCACCGGUCUUGACAGUGCCUCAGCGUUCUUUGUUGUUCAAGCUCUUAAAAAUAUUUCACGUGAUGGAAGAACGGUUAUCUCGUCUAUUCAUCAGCCUAGUAGUGAAGUUUUUGCCUUGUUUGAUGACCUCUUUCUGUUGUCUGGUGGAGAGGCUGUAUAUUUUGGAGAAGCAAAAUUGGCAGUACAGUUCUUUGCUGAAUCGGGAUUUCCAUGUCCAAGUAGGAGAAAUCCAUCCGAUCAUUUCCUACGUUGUGUUAAUUCGGACUUUGACGUCGUCACAGCCACACUGAAAGGUUCACAAAGACUCCGGGAAACACAUAAAACUGACUAUUUAAUGAACAUGGCAACAGCAGAAAUAAAAGAAAUGCUUGCCAGCAAAUAUAAGCACUCAGCAUACGCAGCAAGGGCCAGGUCACGGAUGCGAGAACUCUUGGCCACUCAAGGAGUUGAGAUUGAAAUAGUAAAAGGAAGUCAAGCUGGUUGGGGAAAGCAACUUUCGACAUUGACACGGAGAUCAUUUGUAAACAUGUCGAGAGACAAGGGAUAUUAUUGGUCUCGCAUAGUAAUUUAUAUCAUUGUAGCUAUUGCAGUUGGUACCCUCUUCUAUGAUGUCGGCACCAGUUACACAGCAAUAUUGGCUCGGGGAGCUUGUGGUGGAUUUGUCACGGGCUACAUGACUUUCAUGUCCAUUGGAGGCUUUCCAUCCUUCAUAGAAGAAAUGAAGGUUUUUACGAAAGAAAGGCUGAACGGGCACUAUGGUGUUGGAGCAUUCGUUUUGGCAAACUUUCUCUCAUCAUUUCCAUUCUUAGUUGCAGUUUCACUCAUCACUGGGACCAUCACCUAUUACAUGGUGUUUCGGGCUAGAUUCUUCCGUUAUGUUUUUUUCUGCCUAAAUCUUUUCGGUUGUAUCGCUGUUGUUGAGAGCUGCAUGAUGAUUGUGGCUGCACUUGUUCCAAACUUCUUAAUGGGAAUCAUAACAGGAGCUGGUGUGCUUGGAAUCAUGAUGAUGACUGCUGGAUUUUUCCGUUUGCUGCCAGAUCUUCCCAAGCCAAUUUGGCGCUAUCCGAUUUCGUUUAUCGGUUAUGGGGCAUGGGGUUUACAGGGAUCAUAUAAGAAUGAUAUGAUUGGACUUGUAUUUGAUCCGCUAAUUCCUGGCGGAGAUAAACUAACAGGAGAAUAUGUCAUCACAAAUAUGUUCAAAUUGUCGUUGGAUCAUUCAAAGUGGUGGGAUUUACUUGCAUUAUACGCCCUCAUCGUGAUGUACAGGCUUCUAUUCUUUAUCAUUCUCAAGCUAAAAGAGAAAGCUACGCCAUUUUUCCGAUCAAUGUAUGCCAAGAGAACUAUGCAUCAACUCAAAAAGCGGCCGUCAUUCAGGAGGAAACCAUCUUUAUCACAUUCAAAAAGGCAACAUACUCUCAGGUCAUUGUCUUCUCAAGAGGGUCUUAGUUCUCCAAUCCCAUAGAACUAUAUUACAAAGAUGCUGUCAUCUGAUUACUGUUAAUAAUAUCUCAUUAGUUCAUAAGAUUAAACUUAAUUGUCCUUGAGGUUUCAUUUGUUGAACCAUGACAAUAAAUUUGCUUCCAUUAUAGAGCCAGACAAAUUGCUGUAUCAUCAUCAGAUAUAUAUACACACAAGAGAAGUGUCCCUUCUUUUGCUGUCACCUAAAUUGGAAUUACUAUUUCUUGAUA